CAUCCCAUCGUUGAAGAAAAGAAACACAAAAAAUUGGGUCCAGCGAUGGCUGAUAAAGAUCCAGAGGUCCAAGACGAGCUUGCCGAGUCGCUCAACGAUCUCUUCACCAGCCUCUCCUCCAUGGUCAAAUCCGAACUUCAGGGAACUAACAAUAUUUUGGAGCUAUUGGAGAAGAUGAAUUUGAGGGUGGCAGAGGAAUAUAAAGGAUUUGGGGAUGUGGCAUCUGGGUUAAGGGUAUUUGUUGAACAGUUGAAAAACAAGAGUGGGAACUUUGAUGAGUAUGUUCAACAGAUCGAUGCGAUAGAACAGCAAGUCACCGAGUUUGAAGCUGUGAUUUCAGUUCUUGAUAGAUAUGUUUCUUUGUUGGAAACUAAAGUACAAUCUGUCUACCAACAUCCACCUCCAUGAUCUAAAGUACAUUUAGUUUUUUUUUUUUUUUUGGGUGCUUUGUUUUUUUACGUUUUUAUGAAUCAAAUGUACUGUUGGGUGAAUGUACAUGUCUGUUUCACUUCUCUGGAAAUAAUUGAUCAUCCAGGGACUUAGGGUUGUUCAGAUUAUUACAACGCCUUUUGAUGUUUCCAGGAUUUUUAUAUACUGCAAAUGUGCAAUUUGCUUCACAUUUUUACAAGUUGGAAAAAGAUUUGCAUUUCUGGUAUAUUAAUUAAAAUAAAGAUUAACAGCAGAUUUGUAUUAUUCAUCAACAGCAUCGAUGGUUCAGCAUCAUUUGGACUGUAUCUAAUUGGUGUUUUGGUGAUAGAUGACAGCAAUUCCAUAAGCAAAAUAUGAGGGAGAUGCUUGAAUACAAAGUUUUGAUAAAAAACAAUGUAGGUAUUGAGCCACUAAACAACAUAAUAUUGGUCAAUUUAGAAAUAGUU